GGCUCUGUUUCUCUCACGCGCGACACAGAAGCAUCACACGUAGUCACUUACUGUAGGUCUCUGUGCCUUCAAUGGAACAGGUAAACUGGGAGCAGGGCGAGCAGGAGCUCAACCUUGAGCUCACCCUCCGCAUGACCUGGGCGACGGCGGCGGAGGCGGAGGCGGAGCAGGGCGGCUUCUUCCUCUGCGUCUACUGCGACCGCAUGUUCCGCAGCUCCCAGGCGCUCGGCGGCCACCAGAACGCGCACAAGCACGAGCGCAGCGUCGCCAAGCGCCGGCGGGAGAUCGCCGCCAGCACGCGCGCGCAUGGGCCGGGCGGCGCGCCUGCCGCGGCGCACGACGCAAGGCCGGGCGGGUACGCCGGUGACAGCGACUUCAUAUCCGCCGAUGUGAAGGCGAGGACAACGGAGCCGCUCAACACCGCUGCUCCGAUGCUUGCUGAGAUGGCGCGCAAGCGCGGCAGGGCCCCGUCGGAGUACGGCGACGGUGCCUUCGAGCACGCCGCCGACGAGGUGGACCUGUCUCUCAGGCUAUGAUCGGAUCCGCUGAUUCGUCACUCGACAACUUUACUUGAUUGCUAGCAUUUCCUUUCGGUAUGCCAAUGUCUGCUUUGCGGUUCAUGUGAAAUGAAUUGUUUGUUUCAGACUCUUGUGUGUUGGAUAA